AUAAUAAUAAUAAAAAUUACAUUCCAUUUCCCUUUAAUUCCAAUUUUCAUAUCCAUUUCAAAUAUUCAACUGAAUGAAUUCACGCUUUCAGUAUUACAGCGUUUGAAGAAUGAGUUUUCCAAAGACGAAGGGAGAAUACAGAGACAUUACUAUAACACGAAGCGAUAAAGAAGAUAGUGUUCAGAGAUCGAAAUUUAAAUCAGGUAGUUUUAGCAGGAAAAAAACGUUACAUCCUCCGAUUGAAACGCAUUGGCAUCUUCCUGAACAAAAAGUAGAGGAAAAAGUUUCAUUCUCCAUUAAGUCAUUGUUUUCUUUCAUGAAACUUCGAAGGAGUAAAAGUCUGCAAAUUAUUCUAGAAGGAACUCAUGAUCCAGAUGAUGAACAAAUCAUCGAGACUUUUCGCGAAUUGCUUUCUCGUGAGGGUUUAUUACCAUCUAAGCACAACGAUUAUCAUACUCUUCUAAGGUUUCUACGCAUGAAUGAUUUUGAUAUGACAGUGUCCAGAGAUAUGUUUCUCAAUUAUCUUAAAUGGCGUAAGGAAUUUCGAGUUGACAUGCUCCAUAAGGAAUUCGAAUUCACGGAGUACACAGAAGUGAAGAAAUGCUAUCCUCAUGGAUACCAUGGAGUUGAUAGAUGUGGAAGACCUCUGUAUAUUGAGAGAAUUGGGAUGAUAGAUAUUAACAAACUUUGCGAAGUAACAACACAUGAAAGGUUUAUCAGGCAUCAUGUGUCAGAACAAGAGAAAACACUACGAGUAAGGUACCCUGCAUGUUCACUACAAGCUAAAAAGCACAUAGCAUCCACCACAAGUAUCUUGGAUGUCAAUGGAGUAGGAAUGUCUAAUUUUUCAAAGCCUGCAAGGUUCAUUUUUAUGGAAAUUCAGAAGAUUGAUAGUAGUUACUAUCCUGAGACUUUAAAUAAACUCUUUAUUGUUAAUGCUGGUUCUCGGUUUAAAAUGUUGUGGAAAGCAGUGAAGGCUUUCCUAAGUGAACGAACUGUAGCGAAAAUUCAAGUGUUGGGUUCUAAUUAUCUCAAUGUGUUGCUAGAGGUUAUUGAUCCAAGUAACUUGCCAACUUUUUUGGGUGGUAAUUGCACAUGUUCUGAUUAUGGAGGUUGUUUGAUGAGUGAUCAAGGCCCAUGGAAAAAUUCAGAUUUGUUAGAAAUAAUUCAGGCAGUUCCCUUAACAGAAGAGAUUGAUGGUACGAGUGAAGACGAUGAUGUGCCUUCAGAAGGAUCCUUGAUCCCCCAAAAGGUUGACAUGCAAAACAAAGAUUAUGUUAGUAUGAGUUUGGCACUUGAAAAGACAACAUAUGCAAGAACAAACUCAUCAUGUAGGUUAGCAUUACAAAAAAUUGAUUGGCUUGAAGUUACUCUUGGAGAAAUUAAGGAUCAGAAAAUCAAGAUAUUGGAAGAUGCACUUCAAGACACUAAGAUGGCAUUGAAAGAACUUGCACACCAUACAGAACAACAAAAAAUGUGAAAUUGACUAGUGUUAACAAAAUUGCAAUGAUUCAAUUAAUUAUUUUCCCUUUCUGCUAUGAUAUUUGAAAGUUAGAAAAACUCUCAAUAUUAACAUUCUACCGUAGUGGUUGUGCGGCAAUCUACCAAAAAUUGUUGGUUACUAUUUAUGAAUUUGUUUUUCUUAUUUUUAUAAAACAGAUCUAAUAUUCAAAUAACUUUAGGUUUUGUAUUUAUAUUCAAAACUUCAUUUUAAUUGUAUUUUUCUUUUUCUAUUACAUCACUGAUAUAUCACAUCACAUUUUCUUUUA